UCAGCCCCAGGAUUCUCUACGGCCGUUAACCCCCGCCCCCCUACAGUUCGUCCAAUCUGGACCCAAGCGUCAGGCUCCGCCUCCAUGUUGCUCCUACUACUUCCGGUCCACUCCCGGAAGUCCCGCAGUGGAGCCAAAUUUGAAGCCUGCAGAGAAGUGGGGGUGGGGGCGCGGUCGCGAAGCUGGAAGCUUCGCGGUUUUCUCGGCUGCCUGAGCCCCUUAGGACCAAUCAUCAUGCCUAUCCGUGCGCUGUGCACCAUCUGCUCCGACUUCUUCGACCACUCCCGAGAUGUGGCCGCCAUCCACUGCGGCCACACCUUCCACCUACAGUGCCUAAUUCAGUGGUUUGAGACAGCACCAAGUCGGACCUGCCCACAGUGCCGAAUCCAGGUUGGGAGAAGAGCCAUUAUCAAUAAGCUGUUCUUUGACCUUGCCCAAGAGGAGGAAAGUGUCUUAGAUGCAGAAUUCUUAAAGAAUGAACUGGAUAAUAUCAGAGCCCAGCUUUCCCAGAAAGAGAAGGAGAAAAGGGAUAGCCAGGUCAUCAUUGACACUCUGCGGGACACGUUGGAAGAACGCAACGCCACUGUGGAAUCUCUGCAGAAGGCCUUAGACAGGGCCGAAAUGCUAUGCUCCACCCUCAAGAAGCAGAUGAAGUACUUGGAGCAGCAGCAGGUCGAGACCAAACAAGCACAGGAGGAGGCUCGCCGGCUCAGGAGCAAGAUGAAGACCAUGGAGCGGAUUGAGCUCCUACUCCAGAGCCAGCGACCUGAGGUGGAGGAGAUGAUCCGAGACAUAGGUGUGGGACAGUCAGCAGUGGAGCAGCUGGCUGUGUACUGCGUGUCCCUCAAAAAAGAGUAUGAGAAUCUGAAAGAGGUACGGAAGACCUCAGGGGAGCUGGCUGACAAGCUGAAAAAGGACUUAUUUUCUUCCAAAAGCAAGCUACAGACAGUCUACUCUGAACUAGACCAGACAAGGUUGGAGCUGAGGUCAGCACAGAAGGAUUUACAGAAUGCUGACAAGGAAAUUGUGAGCCUGAAAAAAAAGCUAACAAUGCUGCAGGAAACCCUGAACCUGCCACCAGUGGACAGUGAGACUGUCAACCGCCUGGUUUUAGAGAGCCCAGCUCCUUUGGAAAUGCUGAACCCAAAGCUUCGCCAGCCAGCCCUUGAUGAUGAUAUUGACUUCAAUGCCACCUUUGAUGUGGACACCCCUCCAGCCCAGCCUUCCAGCAUCCAGCAUGGCCGUGCCAAGAAGCCCUGCCAAGAGAUAACACACUCUCCUGUUCAGGACAUCCCCAAGAAGAUGCCCAAAGGCCCCAAGCAGGAGUCCCAGCUCUCGCUGGGUGGUCAGCGCUAUGUGGGAGAGCCAGAUGAGGAGCUGGCUAGUGCCUUUCCUGUCUUCAUCCGGAAUGCCGUUCUGGGCCAGAAACAGCCCAAGACAGCCAAAACAGGGCCCCAUCACAGCACAGAUGCCGUAAGGACCGGCUUCGAUGGGCUUGGUGGUCGGACAAAAUUCAUCCAACCUACUGACAUGACUAUGAUCCGCCCACUGCCUGUUAAGCCCUGGCCCAAGGCUAACCAGAGAGUCAGGACAAGAUCACCGCUCUCUCCCUCCCAGGCCAGGAUGGACAACUUCCUUUGGAAGUGAGAACAGUGAGUCUGAUCAGUGACCAGAUAUAUGCCAUCUCAUAGGCCAGGACUGCCUCAGCAGGAGGUUUUUGGGGGCAUGGCCCCUCUUCCAGCCAGAGGAUGGAACCAGCUGUGAGGAUGAGGGUAGACAAAAAGAUGGAGGUGAGGGUGAGGCCCAGGACUGUGCUUUUCUGAAUUACCUUGCCUACCCCCCACCAUACUGGGUCUACCAUACUGUGUCUACCAUACUGGGUCUCCUGUACUGGGCCUAUGUGUGACUGCUGAUGUGAGACCAGCAUCACGUGCUCUUUGUUCAAGGCUCUUGUUCAUAGCCAGAUGUAGCUGAGCUGCUUCUGGUUCUCCAGAUUGGUGUCUUUUGCUGACUGUGUGGACCAAAGUGCUUGAGGCUUCUCAGGCAAUUUCAGCCUGCCCACACUUCUGCCAGUUUCUGACUUGCUGCUAGGCAUGGCCAGAGGCAGGCAGGGUCAGGAAUGAGGGCAUGGUGGUGGGGAGAGGAUCAGGGAGAAGAUUUCUAUGUAAAAUAAAAAUGAUAGAACCCUUUC